GUUCUUCUUUGACGUGGCGCAAAAACAAUUCAGAGGCAAAAUUUGCCGCCUUAAGAACAGAAAAUCGAGUCAUAGAACCUUCUGCGUUCCUGCUUGGGAGGCGCGCCUGCCGGAGGAGUCCAGUACUACUUACCUCGCAGGCUUGCACGGUUGUUCUCCCACAGGACUGUGCUUCGAGGAUCCAGGGAAUUCUUCGGGAAGUCUAGGUUUCGUUAAUCCUCGUGAAGUUUUGUACAUCAUGAAUACUGUCAAGGGUAGCUGGGUGGGCAAAACUUUUGCCCUGGCUAAGUGCAAUGACUCUGGAGGGAGGAAGUCCCGAAUUCGCCGUUCAAAGGAGGAGAGGAAGGAUAUGGUUGAAUCUUUUAUACAGAGGUACCAGAAAGCAAACAAUGGGAGUUUUCCCUCACUCAAUCUCACGCACAAGGAAGUUGGUGGUUCUUUCUACACAGUCCGAGAGAUUGUCCGGGAAAUUAUCCAGGAAAAUAGAGUGCUUGGCCCUUCUAAGUUGGUUUCAGAAGAGAUUGACACUGAACAAGUCUCUGAACAUUAUCCUUUAGGAUCAAUUUCCAUAGAACCUGAAAGUCCAUUAUCCAUUUCAUCCUCUGGAUCUUGUCUUGUUUCUAAUGAUCACCAGAGCAUCCAUAAAGACCUGGUUUCAACUUCUAUUGGGCAUUCCACCGUUUAUAUUAGGCGGACCUCUGAUAAUGAGAAUUAUAUUGACAGCAUGUUGAUGCGUGGAGAAUCUGAAGAAUCUAAUACAGGGAAAUCCCUGGAGCAUGGCAGUGUUGAAGAACAAGUAAAUGAUAAGGCUGUACUUUCCAUGGUUCAAGUCAGUGAAACUUCUAGUGGGCAAUCUGCUGGUCAUAAUAACCAGACCUUCAACAAUGGGAUGUAUACUAAUGGCUCACACAUGGAUGAACAUGAAGACUCUAAUGCAAGGAAACCCCUGGAGCAGGGCAGUGUUGAAGAACAAGUAGAUGAUAAGGCAGUACUUUCUGUGGUUCAAGUUAGUGAAAAUUCUAGUGGGCAAUCUGAUGGUCAUAAUAACCAGACCUCCAACAAUGGGAUGUAUAUUUCUGGCUCAUACAUGAAUGAGCAUGAAGACAUUAAUGCAGGGAAACCCCUGGAGCAGGGCAGUGUCACAACACAUGUGGAUAACAAGCCAAUAUUUUCCAAGGAUCAAGUUUGUGAAAAAUUGGAUGGAGUUGAAAAUGUUAAAGCGCCUAUUGCUAGGUUAAAUCCUAUAGCAGUGGAUGUUAUUGUGGAGACAUUUCCAUUAAAAUCUGCUGGUAGGCCGAUUCUUGGCGCGGAUUCAAUGUCAGGAGAAGCAAGAGGUGUAACUAAAACCCUGAACGAACAGGAAAGCAAGAAAGGGGAAGCAACAGGGAACACUGAUUUACAGAUUGACGGAAUAGACUCCUUGGAGGGAAUAUGUCAUGGUUUAGUGGAUGAAAAAACAUCAGUGAAUAUUGCAGAAACAUUUUCGGAAAAUUUAAGUUGCUUUGCAACCCAAAACAGCACUAGGAGUACUCUUUUGGAAAGCAUACAAACUUCAGUUGAGGUAUCUCAGAAUGAUGUCUCAACCUUGAAGACAGCCGAGCCAAACAAUACAGUAAGUGGAAUUGAGCCGAAACUUGUUCCAGCUGAUGUCCAUUCUUCCUCUACAUCUGAAGAGUCACUAUCCCAGGAGGCAAUAAGUAAAGCCAAAGCUGAUAUUGAACAUAGGCAAAGCACUGGGGAAGGAAGCAAUACCACUUUAAACAGAUUUAAUCUUGAAUCAAGGGAAGGAGCAUCCAAGAAAUCUGUGAAGGCAGAAAUAAAUCCACUUUGGACAGUAUUUACAGCCUUCAUCUCUUCCUUCGUGAAGUUUUGGUCUCAAUGAUUUCCCCUUACGGAGUAUGUCUUCAGUGUAAUUUUGAUAGGCAUGUAGGAUGAAUUAAAAAAUUCAUUUGAUUUGAUGCUUGUGACUUGUCCCUUGUGACCUGAUUUUUUAGUGAACUCUUUUAAAAUUGUUAGCUGACAGGCAUGGUGGGAUGAAUGAAAUUGAAUA